CAGUCUCAGGUUUGGCUGUUUGGUGCCUGAUGGUCUGUGAGCCAGACCAGAGAGACCGGCACAGUGUUAGGAGCUGCUUUGGGACAAGGAGACCAAACAGUCAGCCAGGACCUGACUUCUCCCCACCAAGAACUCCGUCCUCCACCACCACCACCUCCUCCUCCCCUCCUCCACCACCUCCUCUACCGCCCCCUCAUCUGCCUUCUUCUCCACCUGCUGGGCAAAGUCAAGAUGCGGCAACUAAGAGCCAGCAGGGGAAUGCUGGAAAAGCGGUGAUUGAAAGGGUGGUGCUGAAAGGAGUUCCUCACAAGCCUGAAGACUCCAGCGAGUGUAGGUUCGAGGUUAGCUGGUCCGACGGGUUGGUAGUAUCUGUUGUAAGAACUCAGCAGGAGGUAGCAGAGCUGAUGUCCCAGCUGUCACAAGCAUUUCCUGAUGGAGUGGAGAAGUUCCCGUCUCAGUCCAUGGAACUGGACCCCAGGUGUCUAACAGCCCUGCCCUGCCAUGUCCUCCAGCACCACAGUGUCCAGCUGUUCUUCACCUCCACCAGGCCUCUCUCACCCAACUGUCCCUCCUCACCCCUCUCCUCCCCACUUGCAUCCUCACUACCAACCUCUCCUAUAGCCCCAUCCUGCCCGUUCACCUCCAGCUCCAAUCUUGGCUGUAUGAUGCAGUACAAAGGAGGUAACAGGGUGGUGUACAGAGUGGCCAGCGUCCAGCCCGUCAUCAGCACCCACAACUCCGUCUUGACUCGCUCCACUCCUCACCUGUCCUCCCUUUCCUCCCCUCCUCUUCCGACUCCGGCUCUCCUACCCUCCAUUCCUCCUCCCCAGCACUCCCCACAGCUCUCCUCUCUCCCUCCCCCCGUGCCAGCCCUGCCAGCACGUGGCUCUGCAGGAAGCGGGGGCGACGGCUCCUCCCAACCGCAUCCCCAGCACGGUCAGCUUCAUUUAUACCCGCAGCCCUCCCAGCACCACCUUCAUGCACAAACCAGCAGCCAGCCCAGUACGCAGCCUCAGACUCUGCACCUGUCCCAUUCCCAGCCAUCGUCCCAUUCACAUUCACAGUCCCGCUCCCAGUCCCAUAAUCAACCACUCUCCCAGUCUCAGCCCAAUACGCCAGAGCAGAACGGCAUACUGGACUGGCUCCGCAGGCUCCGCCUCCAUAAGUAUUACCCCGUCUUCAAACAGCUCACCAUGGAGGAGUUUUUAGCUCUGACAGAGGAAGACCUGAACAAGUACGACCUAACCCAAGGAGCAAAGAAGAAACUGAAGACCCAACUAGAACUCCAAAAGUCUGCAGACAGGGAGAUGAAGAUGGAGAAGCGGCCGUGCAGUGGCAUCGCCAGGGUGACGCCUUCCAGUCACAUGGGACCCUCAGCUCACCCCACCUCCAGUGCAGGAGAACUGCGAGUGGAGGUGGACGCCGUGCCGCACCACCACCCUGUCUCCACAGACAGCAGCUCGUCCUCGGGCUACUCCAGCUCUUCCUGCUCCCCUCGCACCCCACACAGUUGCGACUCCACCUUUGACAGGACCAGAGACAUUCACAGACGUGUGUUGGCUCCAGAUACAGCAGGAAGUGGUCCAGAGAAGGAUCGGUCCUGCAUGUUCAUUCUGAACUCGACAGGCUCCAGUCGCCCCACAGCCCAGGUUCUGCCCGUCCAAACCGAUCCAACUCCUCCUCUCCCUCCCUCCUGCUCAUCCCACCUCCCCUUUGGCCUCCCGCAAUCUGCUUAUCACCCACAGGGCAGUUACCCACAGACGCUGCUCUCCCCGGUCUCAAACCCAGCACGCAUCCUCACCUCCCCUCGCAAGCCCAGGCCCCCUCCGCUGGCUACAGAGGACCGGACUAAGCCGCUGGGCUCGAGCCUUCCUGCGGCCGGUGCAAGCUUCAGUUCAGGGCUCGGGGUGGGGGUACGACGGGAAAACCUGUUCCCCAGGGUCAACAUGGAUGGCUCGUCUGGACUCCAGGACUCUGUGGUUUGUCGUGGUCUUUCGGGAGGUGGCGUUAGUCUGAUGGUAGAAACCAGCUGCGCUCUGACCUCCACCUCCAACAGCCACCACCACGUUUCCCACCCCCCUGUCCACUUCCACCUCUCAUCCUCUUCCUCCCCUUCUCCAUCUGGAUUUUACUCUUACCCCCCUGUGUCCUCGUCCUCCUUCGCCUCUUUCUCCGCUUCCUCCUCCUGCACCUCCUCAAAAACCGCCUCUCAGACUGGCAGCUCCAGUGGUGGAGGUAGCUAUGUUCCCAUGGCAACAGCAAGCACAGUUCCUGUGGCUGCAGUCCCGGGCAACACUUACUACCCACCCCAGCAUACCUCCAGCCCCUCUCCUUCGCCCUCCUCUGCGUCUUCAUUGGAUCAAAGUUCUGGUCACAGUCCUUCCGUAUGUGUUUGCAGUUCUUGCGGUUGUCGAGGGAACUGCGGCGCCUAUGGGGCGUUGCCUGGAUACGCCGCAGCCAGCUACCUGCAGCCGUUCUCGGCCGGCCCCUCACUCUUCACCCUGGGUCCUCUGCUCCAUCUCAGCCCCCUGAUAGCGUCGUCCAGCACCGCCGGCACAGGCGCUGCACCAUUCUCCUACCCAAUGAUGGUACCGCCGCCCCUCUACCGCCACAGCCCGCUGUCACAUGACCAGCAGCAGGGGUUCGCCUUCUACCAUCCCCAUGGCAUCAUGGGAAAUGGUGGGCAGAAAAGGACAGCAGGGAACCUGUCAUGUUAUAACUGCGGUGCACACGGACACAGAGCCGAGGACUGCAAACAGCCGCCCAUGGAUGCGACACAGCAAGGGACAUUUCGGCUGAAGUACACACCUCACUCUGACAGCAAGGACUCAGGAGACUAAGCAGCAGAGGCGGCUUUGGAUUCGAACUCCAGACUAAACUGUACCUCAUGGUCCUGCUGAAGCCAACAAAAAAACAAAAGGGACAGGAGACAAACAGCCUGCUCCUUUAGCGCAGGGGUUCACUGUUAGUCUGUUCAAAGACUGCUGAGUUGAAUCAUUUGUAUUCUUUCUUUUUUCUUUCUUUUUUAAACCAAAGUUUGCAAAGAGAUUAUAGGAGGAGGAAGAAGGUUUUAGGCACAAGUAAAAGUGGACAUUUAUAAACUCUACCAUGCUUGAUCUCAGAGAUGUAGCUGAAAGUCUUCCUCAUCCUCAGAGAAAACACUACAGAUUGACAAUCAGUCACAUGACCUGAAAAGAAGCUUCCCAGUCAAACGAUGGGGCAUUCACCGUGGCAACCACAGCACUCCAGAUGUGUCCAGAUAUCUUCCAGAAUACGCAGCCUCUUGCUCUAAUCAAGUCCUGCACUUACUGCGAUUGCGUUUGGUUGGAAGUACCAGUGUUAUCCCUCCUUUCACAGGAUCUACUGGUGCACAACGUCUCACACUACCACAGCUAAUCAUUUGAAUGUUGGCUCGUUGCUUCUCAUGGUUGGCACGUCCACACAAAGAUUCCACUUUAAUCAACUAGUUUCUAAAACUUCUAAAACUGGCACUGUAUGUUCAGGUGGUUGAAAGUUCCAAAGUUAAUCCUGACCAAAUCCUGAGUCACAGUAUUCACAUAUUCACCUGGAUUUGAUUUCAAAACAGCCUCAAUCUACGAGUUACAUAUUCAGCGGUUUAUUAAUUUGCUUUGUUUCUGGUUAUUUACAAGCAGGAGUCAAAUGUCUGGUUUGGUGCUUUACAUCUCGUGCACCAGCCUUUAUACAGGUGUGCACAGAGCUGUCGGCCACAUUUAAACUGGAACACCGUAUUUAAAUGUGCUAACAGUUGAAUGAAUGAAUUCUAACUGGCACACAGACUGCAUGAACUGGAAACCGUCUUCAGCAACUGGAGAUCUAAGAGGAAAACUCGUGUCCGUUGUGCCUCUUCAGCCCGUGUCUGUAUGUAAAGAUGGAAAACCUGAUGUCCCUGAAAUCAGUGUUGCCAGGUUGAUGUAAUGUGCAACCAAAGUAACAACCAGGGGAUGAACAUGUGGUAUUGAGCGCAUGCCUUUUUCUGCUGGACCCUCAGCACUGCUGGCUAAGCAUUAUCACACAGCACUUCAUACAAGACUACCAAAAUGGUUUCUUUGAAGCGUAUCUCAUCACAGUGAUGUUUGAGUGUUCAUUUUUCCAUUUGCUCCGUUUGUUUUGAUUUUUUAAAUUAGUUUCUGAGGCACCUGUUGGCCACUGUUCAGAAAAUGUACACAGGAAUCUGCACGAAUCUUCUAACACAUCUAGAGGGACUUUGGCAUUUUUUUCAGGAAGUUAAGUUUGUGUUAAAUGAGUGAUUCGAAUGCUAUAGCUGGUAAGCACAGGACAAAAGCAGUGUUGAAGAAGGGCAGUUCAGAUUCUGCUGCAGUAAAGUUGCACCAUGGAGGUGAUGGUUGCUGGGCUACGUCAGAGCAGGUCUAGAGGGAACAGUUCCUCUUCCUGCAAACCCAGGGGAGCUAAAUGGGUAAAAUAAUUAUUUUCACCUGCGUCUAUACAAAGAAGAACAUGCUUUAUUUUAGUUUUCACAAAUGCAGCAUUAAUAAUAUGCCUGAUUGAAGUAAACUGCCAGUUAUGUCCUCUAGUUUUUUGUUGUUUUUGCCUAUAAAAUGCUAGCACUCUGCUAAUCCAUGCUGAUUGGUUGACUGAGGACUCUCCUAAAAGAAAGUGUUCCUAAAUAACUUCUUUGCACUUCUCCACUGCUGGGUUGCCUUAAAUCAAAAUGAUGAACGCCAAAAAGUGGCUCAAAGUGCCAAGACCUUCCUAGUGGGUGAGAAAGGGAUUUUACAAAUAAUUAAACCCAUAUAUACAAAACAGAAAAUGGAACAAUAUCUAAGGUUUCAAACUGUUUUAUGAAAAACAUGGUGGAAACAUGUUUACCCUUCAUAUGUAACAUUUUUGGGUCCGUAGGCUGCUGUGAAUUCUGGACUGCCUGGAAAGCAUCUCCUUUCUUCUUUCGUUGCAUGAUGUUUAAGAGCACUGUGCUUAGAUCUCAAUACCAUGUCUCCACCCUUGAUGGGUACUGCACAGACUCUGGUUGCAGAUAACAUCACCAUCACUCAAAUUCCAUGUUAGUUGGGCCUUUAUGCAGUGGCAUGCAGUGGGGACCUGUCAGCCAUCUUUAUUCACUUCUUGGUGAUCUGCAGCCUUUCUACCUCUGAGCAUGCCAGAGGGCGAAAUGGCCCUCUGUGCACAAAUACAGCAACGACAAUCAGAAAGUAUCAUGUGGUUUACAUCAGGACGAACAUUCAAAGUGCCAAUUUUCUCUUUUCAUAAUUGUGGUGUAAGUGGGAGUUGUUCUUUUGUACUUUGUUUGUACAGCGUUUAGGUCUAAGUAUGUUGAGCAUGUUGGAAUUUUAAGAAAGCAAUAGGAAGUGCUUCUGUGUUCGGGUCUCUGACCCGGUGGGGGUGGGAAGCUGCUGAGCUGGACCCAGAGCUGCACAGACACAAGGACAGCUGGUCCUUCAGAUGAAACUCUCUGUGUACCCCUGGAGGGCACAGCACAGGGAUGUGUGGGGUGUUUAUUUAAAAUGAAAAAUCCGAACAUUAAGUAUGUACGCGUUUGUUUGAGGUAUCGGCAAUUCGCUUUCAUAUUGUAAAAUAAAAUGUUCUGUAUUUUAUUCCAUUAGUUACGUAGAUGAGGGAAAUUUCUUUAUACUGCUAGUUUAUCCUGUCAUUGUUUUAUAUAGAUUAUACCAAAGAACAUCGUCUUUGGAGAUGGUUUAUAGACAGAAAAGGUUCCACUUUUGUAGGUUUUACUUACUCUUUAAGGAUGUUGGUAACUUGAUGCAUGCAUGUUCCAAAAUCUUGUUUAAAUAUGCUUUUAAAAUAUUUGUGUGUUUUGAAAGUUUGGACUUAAUUACCCAGUUCUUUGUUGGUAAGAUUUUUUUUAUGGCUUAAAAUUAAAUAAUUUUGGAUUCUCCCUUU